AUACAUUUAAUACCGAAAACGGAGCAACAUUUAUCGAAUCAAAUUUACAAAAGAAAAAUGAUCCAUCAUCACAUAAAGUAAUUCAAGGAUGGGCAAGCCAUGCCGUUUUCGAUGAUUUUGGUUUAAAUUAA